AUGAAGCUGAAAUAUUCAAAAACACUCCUGGAAGCUCAGGACGGAGAGAGCCCAAUAGCAGAUAUUUGCUGGUCACCUAAUAAUGUAAAGCUAGCAGUGGCAACAUGUGACCGGUUGGUGUUGUUGUUUGACCGUGAGGGAAUACGGAGGGAUAAGUUUGCCACCAAGCCUGCUGAUCCUGCUGCAGGGAAAAAGUCAUAUGUUAUUACAAAUUUAUCAUUCAGUGAGAACUCGGAACUGCUAGGCGUGGCUCAGAGUGACAAUAUGGUGUUCGUGUACCGCGUGGGAGCUGAUUGGAGCGGGAAGAAAGUGAUCUGCAAUAAGUUUCCAUUGACUGGUGCACCCAUGUCACUGUUGCCAGCAGACAACGGGUUCUAUACUGGCACGACAGAUGGGAAGAUAAGAUCUUUGGAUUGCAAGAGUAAUAAGAGCAGCAGUAUGUGGACUGGAGGUGCUUGCUGUGUGUCAUUAGCUCGGGGCGGGGAGGGCACUCUCGCGUCAGGCCAUGUCGACGGCACUCUCUACCUGAACGGACGACUCCUAUUGCGAUAUGCGUUACCCCCGACUGCACUUAUUCUACUUCCUCCAUAUCUCAUAGUGGGAUCUUGUGACGGUCGCGUGUCUGUGUAUGAAGCACAGCGUGGAGCUCUCCUGCGCAGUUUAGAGCCUCAACUGCCGCCCGAUCGCCGUGAUCUAAUAUCUGCAGCCCCCAGUCCAUCAGGGCAGACGGUGGCAUUUGGCGUGUUCGACGGGUGUUUAGUAGGCGAGCUGAAGGAGUCUGGCGGAGUAGAGUUGUCCAUGUUGAACAUACCCAACUUGUAUGCGGCGCGGGCGCUCGCUUGGAGCGGGGAUGGAACUAAGCUAGCAAUCGCUUCACAAACUGGAGCUGUUAUACAACUUGAGGCUGUGUUGAGACGCUGGGUAUGGCGUGACUCAGUGGAGGUGCAGCACGUGAGUGGUCGCCAACUGGUACUGUCGCGACUGGCUAAUGACGCUCUCCCGCUUACUGUCACCACUAAACAAGCUCCCGAUAUAUUCAACGUGCGGUUUAUCGGUAACGAUUGGUACGCUGUAUGUCGUACUAGCUCCACAUUGAUAUUGUGUGACAUCGCGCGAGGUUUGACUAGUGAGAUCCCGUGGUCUGGAGGUGGUGAAAGGGUAUAUGCAGCAGUUGGAGGCGCAUGUCUAUUGCAUCGAGCGGGUGAACUGAGCGUUGUUGAAUAUGGCCUCGAUAAAGUGUUACAUACGGUGCGGACGGAGCGCGUGAAUCCUCACGUGUUAAGCGUACGUAUAAACGAAGGCGCUACUGGCGGGGCGGAGAUAGGCGAUCGCAAGCACCUCGCCUACUUACUCGACAGGCAGACCAUCGCUGUAGUCGACCUUACUACUGGUAUUCAACUGGGGCAGUGGUGGCAUGAAGCUCGCGUGGACUGGCUGGAGUUGAACGAAAGUGGACAGUUACUAUUACUAAGAGACACGAGACGAAGGCUGGCUCUAUUGAGACUUGAUAAUGGAGAGAAGGAAAUCAUUGCAAGUGGAGUAUCUUUCGUGCAGUGGAUAGAAAAUAGUGAUGCUGUUGUGGCUCAAACCCCGACUCAUUUACUUGUAUGGUAUAGUGCCUGGGACCCCAGCAGUGUUGAGAUGGCAGAGUGCGGCGGCGCUGUUGCAGUCGAAGUAAUCUCAAGACGUGUUGUUCUAGAAGGAGGACUUCUGCCUUAUUUGCAACUAGACGAACAUCGACUCGCUUUUAAUAAUGCCCUUCGCAGCGGUGAUCUAGCCGGGUGUGCGCGAUACUUGGACGGUGUCGGCAACAAUGCGGACGUGGCGCCAUUAUGGAGACAGCUAGCUGAACGUGCACUCGCUGAUGAUGAUGUUCAAUUAGCUGCCAAAUGUUACCGAGAAGUAGAUGAUGUGGCUCGUACGUUCUACUUGGAGAAGACUGUCGAAUUGGCUGCCGAUGAAGGCGACGGUGACGUUACUGUUGGACUAAAUAACGCCCUAGUGAGAGCUCGCCUAGCGAUAUUCGAGGGAGAUUUAUCAGCAGCAGAGGAAUGUUACGUCCGUCGAGCAGGCCGGCCAGACCUGGCCGUGAACAUGUACAAGAUGUUCAAUAAGUGGACGGAGGCCAUCGCACUCGCUGAGAGGACCGACCGAGCCUCCGUGGCCUCGCUCAAACAACAACACAUGGACUAUUUGACUUCUACUGGCAGGCUAGGUGAAGCAGGCGCAGUGCUGGCGUCGUCGGGCGACGUGCGCGGCGGCGCGCGGCUGUGGCUGCGGGGCGGGCGCGCGCGCCGCGCCGCCGCCGCGCUGCUGCAGCACCCGCACCUGCUGCGGGACGCACACCUGCUGGACGCGGUGCACACGCAGCUCGUACAGGAAGAAUGGUGGGAGACGGCGGGCGAAAUAUCCGAGCGUAAAGGUGACACUCGUGCCGCCGUCGAGUACUACGCCAAGGGAAAUAAUUAUGCACGAGCUGUUCAACUGGCUAGAGAGGCAUGCCCGGGUGAAGUGACCCGGUUGGAGGGCGAGUGGGGCGCGUGGCUGGUGGCGGGGCGGCAGGCGGGGGCGGCCGUGCCGCACCUCAUCGAGGCCGGCCGCCCGCGCGCCGCGCUCGACGCCGCGCUCGCGGCCCACCAUCAUAGGAAGGCUCUGCAGAUAUUACAGGCUAUAGACGAUAAGGAGUCCAUCAGAGAGCAGUGUGAGAGACUUGGUGAUCACUUUAUAUCGACCCGAGAAUGGGAGACAGCAGAACGCGUGCUAGUAUCAUGCGGUAUGUCGGAACGUUGCGUUCGAGCAUACAAUGCUGCGGGGCGUGUAGCAGACGGACUAAGGUUGGCCGCCGCACAACUAUCCGAGGAACAAACUCGAGACAUAUACAUGCCACUAGCUCAACAACUGCGACAAGAUGGACAGUUACGGAAGGCUGAACAAAUAUAUAUCGGGCUUGGGGAACCUGAUGAGGCUAUCUCUAUGUAUAAGGAGGCAUCUCAAUACGAAGCGAUGCUACGUCUAGUAUCAGUGCACCGUGGCUCGCUACUGGAGGCCACGCGGCGUCACGUAGCGCAAGCGUUACACGCCUCGGGAGAUCUGCGCGCUGCUGAGAAUUACUAUAUACAGGCCGGGGAUUGGAAAAGUGCAAUACAGAUGUAUCGUUCAGCGGGACAAUGGGAGGGCGCAGAACGUGUUGCGCGUGCGCAUGCACCCAGUGGGGUGCAACAACAAGUAGCGCUGCAGUGGGCCGCGGCGCUGGGCGGCGCGCCGGCCGCGCGGCUCCUGGCGGCGCGGGGGCUCGCUGCACUCGGGGCGCGCUGGGCACUGCAAGCUCAACGAUGGGACAUCGCAAUGGAGCUAUGUUCUCUUGGUGGAGGCAUGACUCGCAGCGAGGUAGCGCGGGCUGAAGCUGCAGCGUUAGCAGAGGAAAAGCCUGAUGAAGCUGAGGCUGCGUUCUUAAGGGCCGGCGCGGCGGAGCACGCAGUUCGCAUGUGGCUGCAGCACGGCAAGCAUCAGAGGGCACUCGCGUUGGCUGAACAACAUGCUCCUGCAUUGAUGGAAGAAGUGUUAGUGGAAGGAGCGCGGGCAGCUGCUGAGCGCGGAGACUUGCCGCAGUUUGAGACGCUCAUGAUUAGGGCCAAUCGACCUCGCGAAGUAGUGCAACAUUAUAAGGACUUAGAGUUAUGGGACGAAGCAUCUCGUGUAUCUCGUGAAUACGUCCCGGAGAGUCGUUCAAGCGAGGAAUCAGUACCGGACGACGUACCGGCGCUCCUGCAGCGCGCCGCGGAGCAAGCGGACGCGGCGCAGUGGUGGGAGGCGGUGUCGCUGCUGGGCGCCGCCAGCGCCACGGCCGCCGCGCACGCCGCGCCGCGCCUGGCCGAGCGGGCCGCGCUCAGGGCGGCGCGCCUCGCCAGGGACCAUCUACAUGACGCCCGCAGACGAGCUGCUGCUGAUAUGCUCGCCGAAAGAUUCGCUGCAAUUGGUCAGAGUGAUAUCGGAGAACAACUUCGAGCGGCACUCACUGAAGGCUAUGCAGCUGAUGAUGAAGCUCCAGGCACAUCAACAGAAUACGAAGAAGAGGAGAUAGAAGCUCCUCGAGAAGUAGAACCAGAAGUAGAAGCCGAGUCAGAAGCAUUAGAGAGAUUAGCUCGCGCCGGGCACUGGCAGCGCUGCCUGGCGCACGCCGGCCGCGCCGCGCCGCACUACGCGCUCCGAUACGCGGCGCAUCUGUUUAAGGCGCACCCUCGCAUGGAAGGCAUAGACAUUGAAAGUGAGGAAGCUCCAGAAGUAUUAACGCAAGUUCUAGACGUGUUGCGUCAGUACUUGGGCAAUGAGUCGGGCAUCGACUCUAUAUCCUCAAAUGAUAUACCAUUGGCUAAAGCAGUGUGUUCCGAGCUUUUACUUCGAGUGUCUACUGCUCCUAAAGCAGUGACUGCGUUGAAAGAUGCCGGCGCUGUCAUGGUGGCUGCAGGGGCUGAGGAUCGAGUGCUGCAGGCAAUAACGUUAUUAUUAGCACUUCACGUGCCCCUGCUAGCGCCAAAAGCAGCGAGAGCUUUACCUCGGUACACAGACAUCAUUGUUGCUGAUGCAGCCUACUACGCCAGCGGCAUGGCGGUUCGUGCGGAAGGUCCAAGUGGAGCCCGUGAGGCGUUUGUCCUACUCAACCGCUGUCUCGAUCUAGCAGAAGCUGCCGAUGAUGAUUCUGCACAUCUAUUGGAUUAUACUGACUUUGAGUGUACUGACUGGAGUCGCACCCCGCUAUUGCUAGAUAGUGGUUGCGUGCGGGGCGCUGCGCUGGAGGAUGCUCGAGAGUGGGUACUCGCGGUCUCAAUGGAUCAAGCCGUUGAACAGACGUUACCGGUUGAUGGACGCGGUAUGUACGCGUCUAGCGUGGCUGAUACAGAGCCUUGCUGUGUGAUCACCGGCUAUCCACUAGGAUCCAGACUCGUCACUUUUACUAAUGGUCGUUGUGCAAACCGUGAAUGGUGGUCUCGAGUGGUGAGUGCAUCUCGCAGUGGUGGUUUACCAGCCGCCAUACUGCAACACGUGGAGGCCUGGUGCGGGCCAGCAGACUAUCACCAUGUAUAGACAUUCUAAUGACAUACCACCAUAUCUUGACCCUUCUUUUUAUAAUGUACAAGUCAAUAAUUAUGCUACAGUUGUAUCUGUAGUUAUUGUUUAUAAUUGUUUGCCUAUCUCUAUUUUGUUCUAUGCAACGUUAUAAAAUAUUGUGAUGGUAAACGUAGUGAACAGAUUAGGGGUUCCCAUAAGAUAGGUGUUUUAAUGUUAUCGUCUGGUUUUGCAAA